AUCUGAAUCAAACAUCUUGAUUUUACUAAAAAUUUCCCAAAAUGGACCCGCCCUCUUCUUCUAAAACCCCCGACGACGAGUGGGAGCUCUGCAACGACGACGGCUUCAUCUACAAACGCAAGAAGCGCCGCCUCGAUCUUACCGAACCAGUACCGGUGACGGCGGAUCCCCAGGAAGAGGAGACACGAAGGAGAGAGUGGAAGAGGAAAAACCUUCUCAGAGUGAAGGAAAAGUACAAGAAAGAGAUCGAGGAGUGGGAGAUUUUGUCGGAGACUUUGAAGGCAAUGCAAGAUAAGGCUUUAGGGUUUCGAAUCCAACAGCAAGAAAGAAUGAGAUCAAGAGGGACAGAAGGAACGGCGGCGUCUUCAGUGUCGGAGAAGAAGGAUAAUGCUUCUGGCUCUUUGGUCGAGGAGCUUCUUUCGCAGGUAGAAUCACAAGAAAUGAUAAUCCGUGACGUAUCCAAUUUGUGUGACGUAGCCGAAGCAAUGUGCAAUGCGCAAGAGGAGCGAUUUAAACAAACUUAUUUUGAUCUUCCAAUUUGGGCAUCGCCCCAUGACCUAAUGGCAUCACUCUGUGACGAGUAAGUAUGUUCUUGGUGAUUGAUUACAAGGCACAAAAUAGAACAUUCAUGAUGUAAUUAAUGUAUACCUGUUAGAUGGUAAAUGAUAGUGCUCUAGAAAAGCUUCAUUGUGACUAUGUUUUACUCGAAUUUAGGUGGGAGUGUCUGAUAUAAGUAUGGGUUUUGAGUAUCAUCAUUUUGUUAAGUUCUCUUCAUGCCUACUCCGAACUGAAUUAG